AUGAACACUUCCCUUCCCUCGUGGAAGGAUCGUACGCAAAACCAAUUUGGCAAGCUGCAAAUCCAAGUUCCAUGGCGCUCCAUUCAACUCCUGGUUCCGCAUCGCAUGCGACGGAAGUUACGGUCGAAGUUGCGCAGUAGGAUAUCUCCUACCUCAUCGAUAUCCUCCUUACAAACCUCGUUUUCGCCCGUGGAUACCCUCCGGUCGUUACAAAGCCAUCGCUGGACUCUCUACGACUUUCAAUACUUACUACUGAUGAUUGUUGGGAUCUUCUCGUUGAGUGUUAUGGAAGCACCGGGACCUUUGGCAAAGACUGCUGUCUUCACUUUGCUCCUUUUCUCGCUUCUACUUCCUAUCACUCGCCAAUUUUUUCUUCCUUUCCUUCCAAUCGCUGGAUGGCUCAUUUUUUUCUACGCUUGCCAGUUCAUCCCGAGCGAUUGGCGCCCUGCGAUCUGGGUCCGUGUACUUCCAGCUUUAGAGAAUAUUCUCUACGGCGCUAAUAUCAGUAAUAUCCUUUCUGCCCACCAGAACGUGGUGCUGGACUUGCUGGCAUGGCUCCCAUAUGGGAUCUGCCAUUACGGGGCCCCCUUUGUCUGCUCGCUGAUCAUGUUCGUUUUCGGACCGCCCGGCACCGUGCCUCUCUUCGCGCGGACUUUCGGGUAUAUCAGCAUGCUUUCUGUCACCAUUCAGCUUGCAUUCCCCUGCUCACCCCCAUGGUAUGAGAAUCUUUACGGCCUGGCUCCCGCCGACUACUCGAUGCAAGGCAACCCCGCUGGUCUUGCCCGUAUCGAUAAGCUCUUUGGUAUCGACCUGUAUACUUCGGGCUUCAAACAGUCCCCUGUCGUAUUCGGUGCAUUCCCUUCACUACACGCCGCCGAUUCGACACUGGCUGCGUUGUUCAUGAGCCAUGUAUUCCCACGGCUGAAACCUUUGUUCGUAACCUACACACUGUGGAUGUGGUGGGCGACCAUGUAUCUCUCCCAUCACUAUGCCGUUGAUCUUGUUUGUGGUGGUCUAAUUGCGACCAUUGCAUUCUACUUCGCAAAGACUCGGUUCCUUCCGCGCAUUCAGGGCGACAAGAUGUUCCGUUGGGAUUAUGACUAUGUGGAGUUUGGUGACUCUGCCCGAGAAUAUGGAUACGGCCUGACGGGUGACGACGAAUACAACCUCGACAGUGAUGAAUGGACGGUCGGCUCUUCCUCUUCGAUUUCAUCAGGUUCCCUCAGCCCCAUUGAUGACCAUUACACAUGGGAGGGCGAAACCCUAGCCUCACCUGCCUCUGAUAUUGAGUCCGGAAGACAUGCCAUUAGUCCGUGA